AUGGCUCCCACUAAAGAAAUGACUGACUCCUCCGCAAGCCAAAAGAAAUUGAAGCAACAAAUCGACGAAGAGUCAUCAGACGAAGAAGUAGCCCCUCGCAAGUCAAAGAAGUCAUCCAAAGAGAAAAAGGAGAAGAAAGAAAAGCCCAAGAAGAAGAAGUCAUCAAAGAAAUCUAAAGGUCUCGGUUUGAUUGAUCCCAAUUCAACUCUAGGUAGCCAAGCACAACAACCUCAACAACCAGGCGGUGGCGGUGGAGGUGAUCAUCCUUUAAGUUUACGUCUUGAUCUUAAUCUUGAAGUAGAAAUCACACUCAAGGCCCGUGUUCAUGGUGAUGUCACAUUGGCUCUUUUAGCUUAA